AUGGACGACACCGUUGCGACUCCCCUGUCCGAUGUCUCUGCGACGCCCUCGAUUGAUUCUCUCGAGGGCGCGGGUCUGCCGCCGCGGCCCUCUCGAGUCGCUUCAUCUGGAUCCUUUGAUAGUCUCCAAAGACACCGCCAACGAAACCCCCGAGCUCGGCGUCCGGUGAAGGAAACGCUGGACGCCCGCUCCGAGUAUAGAACGAGCCAGGACGACGGCACAGCAGAGCAUCGAAUCAAUCAGUAUAUCGUCAAACAGGAGAUUGGACGGGGGUCCUUUGGUGCCGUCCAUCUGGCUGCUGAUCAAUUUGGCAAUGAAUAUGUAUGGACAUUUUUCCUGGAUAAUUGCGCAGUGAAAGAGUUCUCCAAAUCCCGGCUUCGAAAGCGUGCCCAGUCACAUCUAUUGCGCCGACCGCGUGGGCCUCGACGACCCGGUACAGGAUUCAAUUCACCUCUACAUCGCCAUCCAUCUCAAGAUGACGACGAGAACGCCAAAAAUCCACUGUACCUGAUAAAGGAGGAAAUUGCAAUCAUGAAGAAGCUCAACCACAACAACUUAGUCUCCCUGGUUGAAGUCCUGGACGACCCGACUGAGGAUUCCUUAUAUAUGGUCAUGGAGAUGUGCAAGAAAGGUGUGGUCAUGAAGGUCGGCCUGGAAGAACGUUCCGAUCCAUACGAUGAUGAGCACUGCCGCUGCUGGUUUCGAGAUCUGAUUUUGGGGAUUGAAUACCUGCAUGCGCAGGGGAUCGUUCAUCGAGAUAUCAAGCCUGACAAUUGUCUCGUCACUAAUGACGAUGUGCUCAAAGUGGUUGAUUUUGGCGUUUCGGAGAUGUUUGAAAAGGAUUCCGACAUGUUCACUGCCAAGUCGGCUGGAUCUCCUGCGUUCCUCCCUCCAGAGUUGUGUGUUGUGAAGCACGGCGAUGUCUCCGGUAAAGCGGCGGAUAUUUGGUCGAUGGGAGUCACCUUAUAUUGUCUCAGGUACGGACGACUUCCGUUCGAGCAGCAAAGUAUCUUUGAGUUAUAUGAAAGCAUUCGAAAUGAUGCCGCGGACUUUGAGGAGGAGCAGGACACGAAUUUCAAGGAUAUGAUGACUCGUAUCUUAGAAAAGGACCCCGCGAAGCGUAUUAAGAUGCGAGACUUGAGGGAACAUCCUUGGGUAACCGCCAACGGAGCUGAUCCCCUUCUCUCCUAUGACGAGAACACGGCACAGAUCAUCGAGCCACCCACGGAGGAGGAAAUGAACCUGGCUAUCACCAAGAACAUGGGCCAUCUGCUAACAGUGAUGAAAGCAGUCCAAAGCUUCAAACGGUUAGUAGAUCCGUCUAAAGCAGGACCAGUCUUGCAAAGUAUCUUGGGUAGUGAGCAUGAUGCUCACUUUGUUGCGCCGCCUAUGGAAAUGGAUGAGAGCGAUGACUUUCCGACCGUUGGGCUGGAUCCCAACGCCGAUCGUUAUCGUCAUGGUCUCGCUGGCGGUACCAGGAAGGCCUUCGGACGGCAUCCUAUGCUGGCAGGGUCACAUGGUCGAGACGAACCAAGCGCAGAACGAUCACCGGCAAGCAAUCUCCUAAGCACCGCGUCAGCUGCAGAGGAUAGUUCAGCCAAUAGCCAACGAUCUAGAGGCGCCUUUGACCCUCCAGAGCGAAAAGACUCCGGCUCAAUACGGAGUGGAAGGUCAAUGGGGAAAAUAGACACAACUGGAAUUCACUCCCAGUCGGCAUCACCUCACCCUGCACACUCGCGAGCUAGUUCGGCGACCACCAAACGCAGCGUCGAGGGGACGAGGGGUCAUGCACGGGAUCCGCUUGAGGAGGACUUCCCGUAUCUCUUCAUUGGUCCAUCGACCUACACUGGCACGUCACCUCAGGAACCCAGCAAAUAUAAUAUUGGCAGUGAUCCAAUUCCAAUCUUCACCGAGCCCGACAGUACCGAAGACGGCAUGGAUCCCGCCUUGGACGCAGCCAUCUCAGACGAGCCCAUGCCGAUCGUCAGUGAAUCCCCCGGCGCAGCCGAGUUCGACAUCUACGAGACGGCAUACCGCACGGAACUCGAACGCAUCAAGUCCAAAUCCUCCACCUUGCCUGGCGCCGGCGUCAGUCCCAAGGUGUAUCUCACCCGCCGUGUGGAGGGUAAGCACGAGGUGAUGAAGUUUGCCAAGGACAAGGUAAUUGAUCUGCAAAUUGGCAAUAAGAAACCCUUUCCGUCGGCCGGUAGAUCCGCGACGGCGUUUGGAUCGGCGGUCAGCCUGCUUCGUAACCAGAUGGAGCAGAAGAAGGUGGCCGAGCAGAGGAAGGAGGAUACUGCGGCGGUGGAAGAGUCGAAUCCGGGGAAAGACGCUGUGGAACAUCAACAGGGUUCUCCUCGUGAGCGCCGACAAUCCCAUCCUCCUUCCUCGUCGCUCUCGUCACAGUCGAUUCCCGGCCCGGAAGCAUCGUCUUUCGAGGCAACGGGCGUUCCGGCUUCAGAGGCGGGUGCGGGUGCAGAAGACUCAACGGCGCAGUUGCGUCGUCUUCUCGCUCGUGUUCGUGAUAAGCCCGAGGAGUACACUGAGACUUGA